CAGCGAUCCUUCUCAAAGUCAGCCAAAAAAAACCUGAUCAUCAUCAAUAAAUAAUCCCAAUGAUCAAGAAUUAAACCGCCACCUGGUAUUAGCCACACGUGAAAUGCGAUGAAAUCAUGUCUGACAAGAGUUCUUCAUCUAAAAAAGCUGGUCCACGGGACGUGGAAGAAAUCGCAUGAGUUCAGGACAGACUGCCCUGCCUGACGCGCAUGCGCUCUGACGCUGUCACUUCGCCAUGGCCGACGCUGGGUGGCCGGGCUGCGCGAGGAGUUUGAAAGGCGUCAUAUUGGACAUGUGUGGUGUUUUAUAUGACAGCGGGGAGGGCGACGGCGUCGCCAUUUCUGGUUCGAUUGAGGCCGUGAAAAAGCUCAAGGCGUCGGACCUGCAGCUGCGCUUCUGCACCAAUGAGACCCAGGCCGCCAGAGAGACGUUUGUAGCCAAGCUCCGAAGACUGGGCUUUGACAUAUCCGUGUCUGAGGUCUUCUCUCCAGCUCCUGCAGCCGUAGCUGUCCUUAAAGACAGGGGUCUACGGCCUCACCUGCUGGUGUAUGAUGGACUUCUACCCGAGUUUGACAGUGUGGACAAGACCAACCCAAACUGCGUGGUGAUUGGAGACGCGGCUGAAAAAUUUUCCUACCAGAACCUUAAUGAGGCAUUCAGGGUCCUUAUGGAGAAACCUGUGCUUUUCUCUCUGGGACAAGGGAAGUACUACAAGGAGACAGAUGGUCUGAAACUAGACGUCGGGGUUUACAUGAAGGCUCUGGAGUAUGCCUGUGAUUUAAAGGCUGAAGUCAUUGGAAAGCCGUCCCCACCGUUCUUCCAAAGUGUUCUCAAUGAUAUGGGGCUUCAACCGCAUGAGGUGCUGAUGAUUGGGGAUGAUCUGGUGAACGACGUAGGUGGGGCCCAACGGUGUGGAAUGAAAGGCGUGCAAGUCAGGACUGGCAAAUACAGGUCCAGUGACGAGAGGCACCCGACGGUAACGGCUGACGGCACCGUGGACGACCUGGCCCAGGCCGUGGACGUGAUCCUCGAGCAGAGGCACUGAGCACGAGGCGGCAGGCACUGGAAACACUCCACUUAGUGUGACCCUGGGUGAUACAGGCCGGUAGCCAGUAGUAUUUUCAUACAGCUAAGUGUUGUUUCCGAUGGGAAGGGUGUACUGCAAGUAACAUGUCAAAGCAGUGCGAUACUGAAAUACCAUCCAAAUAUCCUGUAACUGACAAAUAUGGGAAACACCCACCCGUCUGGUGCACCACAUAGUGUAAAGCACGCUAGAAUGAGAUGGCUUAUCGUGACCCAGGUCUACAAGAGCUAACCAAGAACACGUUAGAGCUGUGAGUGUAUUUGUCAUCAUGUAAUUGCUGUAGAUAAGAUACCUUUACAUGAAUGUGCCUGUAACCGGCUGCUGACUGACAGUUAGAGGGGAGCAGCUGUGUUCAGCCCCCCCGCCUGUGUUGCACAGUCAGAUUCUUUGCAGAGAUACUGAGAGUGAAGACAGUUUGUAGUCAAACUGGAAUUGACGUAGCUGUAGUGUAUUUUAACGUGCAGUCUUUCAUGUAAGUGGCCUAUUAUAUGUAGGUUAUGAUGUCGCUCACAUGCACAACCUAAAUAAAGCAGCGAGGAGAAGUCAGUGAGCGGGGCUGAGUUUGUCGGUUUGUCUGAGCCAUUGUCGCAGAACUUUUUUUUUUUAUUAUUUUUUUUUUGAAGGGCUCAAGGUCUCAGAGCACUGUGGAAAAUGUGGCCCUGGCUCUGGUUUAAACUGGAAUUCAUAUCGCAGCGGCUUUUGUUUUACAAAAACAAAUGGCUGGAAAUGGGAAGUGAGCUGGCCUCAGACAUGAUAAAUGCAGAACCCAGCCGAGUGUGAUGAAUUACGCCGGUGCUCGAGCUCGUGUUUCCCCCUCUGUAAACAAAAACGAAACCAGCCCUCCAUCAUCAGAUUGGAAAAUCGCAAAUCUACAACUGCUUAUCUUACUUGACUGGGAGCCGCCUCUGCUGGGGACCGCCCCGUCAUUGUCACAUUGUUAAUUGGCACUCAUUAGGCGCGGUGCAUUCAUGUCCGUAUCUACAGUGAGGUGAAAUGAAAUGAUGAGGCGGGCGGGGGGCAAAAAUUGGUUGUUGGGCUCCCAUGUGCCAGCUGGAUCAUUGAGGCCUCUGGAAGUGGGGCGUAAAACAAACGAUUCUCCAUCGCUGCCCCCGAGGUUUCAGUGUACCAAAUAGAUUGAACAAAAGCCCAUUGCCAAGUGAUUCAUUGAGGUCUUUCUGGUUCACUUCACCAUUAGCUGACACAAGCUUCAAUGUUAUUGGGCAAUUAAAGGUAAUGAAAUGCUACGGAGUAUUAUGAAACUGUGUCUGAGCUGGUUGUACCACUCCUAUUUCUGAUUGGGAAAUAAAUAUUAAUGUACACGGCAAAGUACUAGCAGCUGGUACCCAGUUUUCCAACAGCUUACACAUUGUUUGACUCACUGUUUUGUUCAUUAUGUUACUGCCUGUUGGCCUUGUAUGGAGCUAUUAAACAUGUAUUUGACUGCUCUC